UUACUUGCUGUCCUUUGUGGAACUAGAAAAAGUUUAGUGUGAGCCAAAAGCAUUUUGAAAUGUUCGUCUCAAGUCUCCACGGUGAUGGAUGAGAGUAGCGCUCCAGUGCGCACAGCGAGCAGGUGGAUUGCAGUCGGCUCAAAGUGCACACAAAGACACGUCUGUAUCGGCCUUGCAACAGGUUGAACAUUGGGCUCAGGUACUGUAACGUGAGCCUGCGUCAUGUGAUCACCACAGGGACGACCAGAGGAGGAGGAAAAAACUGUUUUACAUAGGUCGGUCUCGGCAUUUCUUUUUUUUGGGGGGGAAAGAAAGAAAUUUUGCUUCAACCAGAUCUGUGUAGGCUAUAAAGGCUACUCAACAGAGGCGGAAGCGGCAUUUUUUCUUCAUAUCAUUCAGAAGGAUAACCAUCACCAUUGGAUAGAGCUAAUUCUACGUGAACAGGGUGGCAACGGCUGAGAUUAUUGAAAAAAUGGCAUGAACCUGAUUCUUGGACACAGAAAGCCGACCCACAGAGUUGAGGGGUGGCAGAAAAACUGAAAAUGACACUUGGGCCAGACACAAUACCACAUUUUGGGCUGGUGGCAGGUGGUGUUCUCCUGCUCUUCCUGAAGAAUAGCUCUGCUAGAGCUGGAAAUGCUACAGUCAUCAGUGGUCUAUCCAGAAAUGCAAAUACCACAAGCCCCCAGGAUGUUGUAGUCAUCGUGGUUCCCAUAGUGGUGCUGGGUCUGCUAGCCAUCAUCGCUGCAGUCUUGGCAUAUCUCUUCAUUGUGGUGAGGAAAAAGAGGCAGACGGAGGGCACGUAUCGGCCGAGUGCCGAGGAGCAAAGCGGGGCACACAACGCAGCCGUGCCCGAUGCCCUCAAACUACCCAAAGAGGAACGGCUGAUCUAAUGCACUAGCAGGACUCUCAGCACUGCUACCAUCCGAGUGAUGUCACAGUUUGCUUCCAAAAGGGAGUUGUGCCUUCAUCCAAAUAGGUUCUGUAGCGGCUGCUGGACUACAGUGGAGUGUCAGUAAAGACACAGAGACAGCUGUGCAUGGAUUGAGAAAUAUUCAUGUGAUGUCAUCAGACUGCUCGCUAUUAAAGAGGAGAUAUGAUAGAAGCGUACGCUGUCAUCGUCCACCUCACAUGCUUUCCAAGAGGCUACCUACAGAUGUGAUGUCAUUCCUAGCCUUAUGAUACAAGGAAGGUGGAAAUCUUCAACACUGACCAGAAGGAUCAUUUUAUAGAAGGAUAACACUUAACAAAAUGUACCCUGUGGGUAAGCUUAAGCUUGAAGGACCGCAAGAGGAGAUUCUUGUGGUACUAAAGAACAGAUGUUCUUCAUGUAAAGUCCUGUUUUGGGAUUCCUGUGGCACUAGCCUAACUGUUUUAAGUAGCUAUAGUAACUGCUGCUAGUGAGCUAGUGCUUGUUUGAUACACACAAACUGCACAUAAACAUUUCAUGCUGGUUAUUUGGGAUGUGUUGAAACCCAAAUUACAGUUUUUACUAAACAACUUUACUUAAAUAUUUCAAAUGUUUAAUUAUUUUUGACUUUUUUAGAGAUAUGAUUGGCGUUUAAUGUAUGUGAUGUGACACUAAUGGUCUUCAUAGUAAUGGGAAUCUCAUUGGCAAGUUUCAUGUAUCAUAAUUUGAAUGUAGUAGUAAGUAGAAAUGUGGUGUUUACACUUUAAUCGUUUUUAAUUUCAAUCAGACAUUUCUUGAUAACUAUCAAUAAAUGCACAAACCUUGUGCAGUUUACUAAAACUACAACUUAGGAAUUACUCCGACACUUUAUCUUAUUCAGCUGUAAUUACAAUGUGAUCUCCAUCUAAUUUGUGAAUGUUAUAUUAAAUGUAAUUUUUAUCAAAUCAGAA